UUUUUUCCCAGAAUUGUUUUCGCCAUCUCUCCUUUUUUCUGGUUUCGUCCUUCUUUCAUCAUCAAUCUUCCUGCUCGCUAAAGCAACGGCUUUGAUACAUCGUUAGCUUCCGAUACAAUCAAUGGCCCCACACUAGACACUCACUCUCUAUCCCCUUUGUGUUUGGGCGUGCGCUUCAAAAUGGUCACCCCGAACCAGAACCGGCCUACACUAUCACUCUCAUCCCCACCUUCUAGCUCUUCCACUCCGAAGGUUUCAGAAGUUUGUUGGUGAUGAGCUACCUGUAGAUAAAGGCCGACAAGUUGGUGCGGAAAAAAUGGUGGGAACUCCGAUUAACGGAAGAACAAGGCAAGCUUUUACGUUCGUUAACGGCGGUCAUGAUCUUGGCCCCAGCAGUGCCCCGCCGAGCAAUGCCGGGUCGGACUGUGGUAUUAUUGAGUUUACGAGGGAGGACGUUGAAGCGCUGCUGAAUGAGAAAGCCAAAAGGAAGGACAGGUUCAAUUAUAAGGAAAGGUGCGAAAAUAUGGUGGAAUAUAUAAGAAGGCUUAAGAUUUGCAUCAGAUGGUUCCAAGACCUUGAACUUAGCUACUCGCUGGAGCAAGAAAAGUUAAAGAAUUCACUGGAGUUAUCCCGGCAAAAAUGCGUGGAGAUAGAGAUACUUCUUAAACUCAAGGAAGAAGAACUGAAUUCAAUUAUUGCGGAAAUGAGAAGGAAUUGCACUUCUUUACAAGAGAAAUUAAUAAAGGAGGAAUCUGAAAAGCUGGCCGCGGUGGAAUCUCUUGCCAAAGAGAGAGAGGCUAAGCUUAAUAUUGAGAGGUCACAGACUUCUCUGACGGAUGACCUCGGGAGAGCUCAACGCGAACUCCAAAGUGCAAAUCAAAAGAUAUCGUCACUCAAUGAAAUGUAUAAGCGGUUACAGGACUACAUAACAAGUCUCCAACAAUACAAUGGAAAACUUCAUACUGAACUUUCUACUGUUGAAGAUGAACUUAAGCGUGUGGAAAAAGAGAAGGCUACUGCAGUGGAAAACCUCACCAUGUUAAGGGGUCAACUUACUUUGUCCCAAUCUUCUCAAGAAGAGGCCAUAAAACAGAAGGAUGCUUUGGCUAGUGAAGUUGGAUCUCUUAGAGGGGAAUUGCAACAAGUCAGAGACGAUCGAGACCGCCAAUUAUCUCAAGUUGAAACUUUAACUUCUGAAUUAGUGAAAUUAAAAGAAUCUACAGAAAAGUCUUGCAGUGAACUGGACACUUUGAGGAUUAAAGCUAACGAACUAGAGGCAAGAUGUUCUAUGCAAGAGAGUCAGAUAAAGACAUUGCAAGAGCAGUUAGCAGUUGCAGAGAAGAAAAUGCAGGUGUCUGAUAUAUCUGCGUUUGAGACAAGGACUGAAUUUGAAGGGCAACAAAAACUUGUAAAUGAGUUACAGAGACGCUUGGCAGAUGCUGAAUCUAAACUGAUAGAAGGGGAGAAGCUGCGGAAAAAAUUACACAAUACCAUUUUGGAAUUAAAGGGGAACAUCCGCGUAUUCUGUAGAGUGCGCCCUUCAUUGCCUGAUGAAGCUUGUAACACAGACACCAAGAUUAUCUCUUAUCCCACAUCAAUGGAAGCUCUUGGACGAGGCAUUGACUUAAACCAAACUGGCCAAAAACAUUCUUUUACAUAUGAUAAGGUUUUUGCGCCAGACGCCACACAAGAAGAAGUUUUUGUAGAAAUUUCACAGCUUGUGCAAAGUGCUCUUGAUGGCUAUAAGGUUUGCAUUUUUGCCUAUGGUCAGACAGGGUCAGGAAAAACCUAUACAAUGAUGGGCAGACCUGGACAUCCAGAGGAGAAGGGGUUGAUACCUCGAUCAUUACAACAGAUAUUUGAAACAAAGGAGUCUCUAAAAUCCCAAGGAUGGAAAUAUGAAAUGCAGGUGUCAAUGUUGGAAAUAUAUAAUGAAACUAUUCGUGAUUUGUUAUCUACAAAUCGAUCACUAUCAGAUGCAACACGUACAGAAAAUGGUACUCCUGGAAAGCAGUAUGCUAUCAAGCAUGAUGCCAAUGGAAAUACAAUUGUUUCUGAUCUUACUGUAGUGGACGUUCAAAGUGUUAAAGAGGUUGCAUUUCUUUUAAAUCAAGCUGCAAAUGGCAGGUCUGUUGGGAAAACCCAGAUGAAUGAACAAUCAUCAAGAAGUCAUUUUGUGUUCACUCUUCGAAUAUAUGGUGUUAAUGAGAGUACUGACCAACAAGUGCAAGGUAUUCUGAAUCUAAUUGAUCUUGCUGGGAGCGAGCGUCUUUCAAAAAGUGGGUCCACCGGGGACAGGCUGAAAGAAACUCAAGCAAUCAACAAAAGUUUAUCAUCAUUAAGCGAUGUUAUAUUUGCAUUGGCGAAAAAGGAGGAUCAUGUGCCCUUCAGGAACUCAAAGCUUACAUAUCUACUUCAGCCUUGCCUUGGGGGUGACUCGAAGAUACUAAUGUUUGUGAAUAUCUCUCCUGAUCCUUCCUCGGUAGGAGAGUCUCUAUGCUCACUUCGAUUCGCCUCCCGAGUUAAUGCAUGUGAGAUUGGAACGCCUCGGCGACAAACCAAUGGCCGUCCCACUGAAUCACGUCUGAGCUAUUUCUAAUCUCUCAAUUAGAUGAAUACUUCAAAUCUCUCUCCUAAUCCUAUUUGGUGCAAGUGGUACAAUGGGCGCUGUGUGUACUACAAUAAAACAACAAAUGGAAUUAAAAGAGUUUGAUUCUAACAUCGAUCGGCAAUAUAGUCUGUAUAGUGAAGAAGCUACUGAGUCUGCAUCAGCUGAAGAAUCUUCCACUCUGCUGCAUGUCACCUAUUUAUUUUUGACGUUUCCUUUGCUAUAAGGAGGUGUCCCUCUCUCUGGAGAUAACUUGUCAAACAUGCUCUACUAUUGAAUAUAAGAGUAUAUGUAUGAUUUUAUAUUUAUUUGUU